GCCCACUGUGGAGCCAAAGGUAGCAUUUAACGUCCAGGGAUGUGGUAAGCGUGUUAACGCUAGCUAAAACUCUUAAAGACUAGUUCAGUUGUUUCUUCUGUGUUGAGUUUACGAGCAGCUUUCCGAGUAACUCGCUAGUGACCUCGUCUACGAUACCAAGAAGGCAUGUUCAUAAACCAGAUCAGUUUCAGUUGUUGUUUUGUUCUCCGCGUGGGUAAAUAGAGAAGCGGCUGUUGUUGUCGUUGUGGCCUGCUACACGAUAGCCUAGCUUACCUAGCUUACCUAGCGGUAGCCUCAGCUGGUUCCUGGAGCUCUUCUCGCAUCACAUUCCAGAAACGACAAGGGAAAUGGCACACCUGGCCAGUUAAAUUAGCAGGCCGACGUGUCUGUAAAAAGGCAAAGUGUGUUUUUGACCAGGGAUCAGCAAGUUAUUCCUCAGUUAUGAGAGCCUCUACCCAGUGACAUCUUACAAAAAAUGGAACUGUACUGGUAUAUAGUUGUCAUCAUAUUCAUCAUCAUCAAGAUAUUCUUCUACGUGUGCUGGUACCGAUCAAGACAGAGGCAACUGGCAGCGUACCUGAGCAACCCACGCAAUGCUCAAAUAGUCAUUGUUGGAGGAAGAGCCUACCUUCAUCAGAUGUGUGAGAGACAAAGUCAAACAUCUGUCUGGCCUAGUUGGUAUGGUGUUCAAGAUGACCUGUCAUUGGAGGAGCCCUCCACAGCCCUGCCACCGGCCGCAUCCUUCUCCCACCUUGACAUGCCACCACCAUAUGAGGCAGUCUCUGGAGAGGAUGACCUGAAGCCCCCGCCCUACAGCGAGUGCGCUCACGGUGAUGAAGCCGACGCUCCUCGUCCCUCCCAUCACACUCCUCUCAUUUCUGAGGGAGGAGACCCAUCUAGUGUAAAUGAAGCACCGCCUCCCUACACACCAUCUCCCCCUACACAAGUCAAUCAACAAGAAGGCCCUGUAAGCCGCAGUGAGUCCCAGUCAGAGAGUAGGUCCACUUAAUCAAUCCUUGAUGCCAGUUUGCCUUUUCCAUGCACUGCCUUCCUUACAUUCAACCUCAGCGAUCGUUGCCAGCCUAACUCUCAUCACAUGAGAGCAGAUGUUUAUUUGGAUGCGAGUGUGUGUAUUUGUGUGUAUGCGUGUGUUCAGUGGUUUUUAGAACCAAGUUGUUUUUCUACUUUGUAUUGUUUAAAUAAAAAAAAAAAAAAAGAAAAAGUGGUCAUCUGAUGAGUUUGGCAAUAACAGAUGACAUCAGCAAGCCUGUGUGCCUCGGUCAGGACAGCAGAACCUGCCUCCCAGCUAGGAUGAGGAUAAUACCCUUAACCUCUGAGCUCAAAGGGAAUCUGUGAGAUACAGAUAAGCAGUGAGAGACGGAGACUUUAAAGAGUGUUCUUUUUUUUUUUUUAAAUAACAUUUUCUCUUUCUGUAUGUCUGAGAUCACAUCCUUUCACAGAUUAACUCAUUUUAAAAACACAAACUGGGAAAUGUUUAGACUCUUCACAGUUUUGGUUCCUGCUACUGUGAUGCAUAUGUGGCACAUGAUUUCAUAUUUGUGUGUCUGUCUCUAGACAACGUUCUGAACGCACUAACUCAAUAACAGUCCAUGAUGGAAAAUUCAUAGUGUUAAAUUAGAUUUUGGACCAUCUUGCUGCGUACAUGUACACAUUAGAUAAAUAGUUUCAUCUUCUUCAAACUGUUGUUACUCUCAAUGCUUCAUCAGUGUUGCAAAUUUAUGUGGAGACAAUGUGUUGACAAAGAGCUAUUUGGUAACAUAUGCACUAAUUGUCUUAAAAAAAAUGGCCUCAUUAGCAUCGCUGCUCUUGUUUAAUAUAUCGUGGUGAUUAUUCGUGGGACAUCAGGCAAUUCAAGUGCCUAUUACAUCUGUGAAUGGAAGUGAGUGAGGACACGCAGAAAACGGGAACAAGCUGAUGAAAUAAAUGAACACAUUAUGGCAGCAGACAAGAGGUUAUUCUCUGUUGAUUAUCACCGUUACUGCUGGGUUCUGUCUGCGUCUGCUCUACAUUAGCACCUACAUGCCAGGAUGCAAGGGUUCAAACAGUAUAAGCAUUUAUUUUAUCAUGUCUGUCUUCAAAAGUUAUGGAAUUCAACAAACAGUCUUCAGGACUUCAGAGAGUAUUUGUCCUUAAACUCACGUGACAGUGCAUUUUAUGUCGUCGUUGACCCAGCUGUAAGAUAAUCAGAUUCGAUGUGAUGAAUUAUAAAGCUGAGCUUGAAGGCUUGGAUGAACAAAAAAGAUUUCUUAAAUGAAAAAUGUGUUACAAUCCUGAAAACAAAGUACUCACAGGGCUGUGGGCUAAUGCUCAAAACAUUAAUGUGGCCACUGAGAAGUCAUCAGCAGUUAUUCCUUUUUUUCAUAAUUGUUGCAAAAUGAAGACUAACCAAAAAAAGUUUUAACAACAGCUUUUUUUUCUUGUAAUCUUCAUGUUAAUCUGCCACAGGCUGGUAGAGAUCAGCCAACUUUGUUUAUUUCUUCUGUUGUAUUUUCUGUUAUGGUAUUGCUUUGGGAAAGGUUAUUACUGUGCUUUUUGCUUUUCAUGUCACGGCAUUUCCAAUAACCCGGAAACAACACUGUAAGAUGAUACUCUCAAGUAAUCCACCUCUCAUCUUUGUUUCAGCAAAAAUAUAAUCUGUGUACAGUUUCUGAUACAAAAAAAAGAGAGAGAAAGAUAAUGCUGUAUAAAUGUAUUUUUGGACUAUUGGAGAGUAUAUAAAUAGGGGUCUUCAUGGAGAAUCAGGAUUUAAAAUGUCAAAAUGUAAUGAUGUGUUAUGAUGAUUAAUCCUUUGUAUUGUGAUGACAAAUCGUGGAGCAUCCAUCACUGAUGCCUACCACAAAAUCUUUCCUGUGGAAUUACAAUCCGUAGGAUACAACAGAGAAGCUGCAGGAUACAAAUAUGAGCAUAGCUUUGAACUCAGCUGACAUCAGUAACAGAGCAGCAGCGUGAUGACAAUUGACCACUUAAACUAUAGUGUUACAGGCUUCUGCUGUCAUGUACGUCCUGUUUGUUAACUUCAUGUCCAUUCCCGUGGUGGGUGGCCAAUCAGAUCUCUCCAGGGAGUAGUUUUGUGAGUUAUGGGGAAUUAACUUUUUGUCUGAUUCUGGGGGGAGAGGGAUAUGUCUUCUGUAUUAAACUGUUGUUCAUAA